CUGUCGUCCAGUGUAUUCGCCACUGUGUUCUACCCCCUUCAUCGAGUUAAAAUCUUACUCCAAACUCAGGACAGCAAUCCGCUCAUUACGAGCGGUCAGGCAAGUCGCACCUCCGCCGCGGAUAUGUGCGCCGUACCACGACUUGUACGGGAGGGCGGUGUACGGGAGCUGUGGCGCGGCAACGGCGCCUACAUGUUGCGCCACGUGCCCUCUACGACGCUGUCCUUCGCCUUCAAGGACGCACUGCUGCGCGCGCUGCCCCACUACGACGCCUUUGAGGACCUGGGCAAGGCCGCCUUGGUGAACUUGGCUGCGGGGUUCAUAGGCGGCGCAGCGGCGCUGUUCUUCGUCUAUCCAUUGGACUUCGCGACAAUUCGGAUGGCGGCGGAGCUCCGGCAAAGCAAGAAGCGGCUGGGCGUGAUGGACACGCUGAACAGCACACAGCGGAGCGGCGGCCUGACGGCGCUUUACCGUGGUUUCGGAGUCUCAGCUGCCGCCAUCGGGGCAUAUAAGGCCCUGUACUUUGGGCUGUACGAUACCGCCUGCGCGGCCAUGGAGCAGGCGAGCUUACGAGCGGAAAUGGACAUGGCAGGUCGCGGGGAUCGGUGGGCCGCAGCUAACCUGGUCGUUGUUACGGCAUCAUCGUUGACGUAUCCGUUGGACGUUGUACGGAAGCGGUUGGUGGCGGAUACGGCGCUGGGGCCGGGGCGGCAGCAGUACAAGGGCUUCUUCGAUUGCGUCUUCAAAAUGGCGAGGACGGAAGGUCUCGGCGGCUUCUACCGCUUCUAUGCGUACGACAUGAUGCUGCGUCUGGGCGGCGGGGUCCUGCUCGUACUGUACGACGAGCUUAAG